AUUGCGGUAUUACCACGGGUCCGAUUAAAAUUUUAUGGCUCCGCCCUCCAAUUUACCAACCAAUGGAGAAUAGAUGUGGAGCACCCAAAAAGGCCGCGCCAAAUCCCAACAUAGAUAACGGGUUCAAAGUUCCGAGUUUCAGCAUGACACCGUUGCUCCGGUUCACCUCCAACUUUAGCUCCACUCGCUCUUUUAUGUUACCAUUCCCUUCCCCUUCGAAACCUCCAAUCUCAAAGCAAAAACUACUCACGAAGCGCCAGGAAAAUCACCUCUAUCUUACAUCUCGAAUCAGCAUCUCUCGGAGAGACGCUGCUUUGCUCUCGUUCCUCACUCUUGCCCCUUUCCUCUCGCAACCUGCUCCUGCUACUGCAUUUUCCAUCGGCAUUUCAGGACCCAAGGACUGGCUUAAGGAGCAAAAGAAGAAGGCCUCGAAGUUCCUCUUGGCACCUAUCGAUGCCUCCCGAGAAAUCCUUCGCUCUGCCUAUCUCUUACUCACGACUAGUGAAGUGGAGUAUACGACUAAGGAAUUGGAGGAAUUUCAAAGGCUGUUGAGAUCUGCUGCCAGGGACUGUAUUCCGCAAGAAAGGAAUUCGUUUGUUGCGUUUCAGGCCAAUACAGGAGUUGAGGUUUGCACUUUCCGGUUGAUUGUGAAAAAUGCAUCUUCUUUGCUUGAUAAAGAGGAUCCUGCAAAGUUGGAAGCUGAAGCUAUGCUAAAUGAUCUUAUAAGAUCUUUCACUUCUCUUAAUGGUCUGGCGAAUGAAACUGACAUUCAAGUUACUUCCAACAGCUUGCAGAUGCAUGGACAUGGCCACUUCUUGGAAAACCGAGCAUUGUAUGGCUACAUAAGGAGUCAUUUGCAUGGCUCAAAGAGCAGGAAGUUCUCAAGAUUGAGUUGAUCAAGCGAGGGGAAAGAAGGUAGCUGAUGCACUCACGAAUACCAUAUCUUCACUAAACAAAUUUGAGCUGGGUGUGAAGGACUGCCUUUAAGUUUGGUCAAUUACUUUAUUUAAUCCCAGAAUCAAAGUAAAACUUUCAGGCGUAUGCUGUGCUUGAAGAUCUUGCAAAAGCUUCUUCCCCCCACACAACCCCCCCAACCCCCCUCUCCCUCUCUCUUGUUGUGCGUGUUUCCACACUAUUUUGCCCAAUUUUAGUACAGGCAGGGUACCUGUAUUUUAGGGUCUGAUUGGAAUGAAGUCUAGUUCAGGUUUAGCUCUUAUGUUAUGUGCAGUUUGCUUUUCCUUAGUUUGUUGCAUUAGGUUCUUACAUAUGCAAAUUGUGGAAUUUGUGACAUAAACACGGAAAGCUUGCUCUCUCUCUCUCUCUCUCUCUCUCCCCCAAGAAAAAUAUUUUUCCAUGUUGUUUCUGGAUUAGUUAAACAUUCUGCAUCUGUCCUAUCGUUCCAAUGAUUAAAUUUUUGCACCCCUUUUAGAA